AUGAAUAAUUCAUAUGCUUAUGAUCCAAAAUUUAGCUAUCAAAAAUCUGAAUUUAAUCCUUAUAUGGAUCAAUCCAGCAGUACAUAUGGGAUUGCUCAGUCUUAAAUACAAUAAGGAAGCAAUAUUCGCCAACAUACAUAUUCCACUCAUGCCAGGAAUUUAUCCUAACCUCUACUCUCAAAUCAAUCAUCCUAAAGAAUUUAAGUUAUUUAAUAAUCUAUUCCUCAAUCAAUAAGAUAACCUAAUAUUGUUAGAGCCUCUUCUCCUUUACCUUAACAAAAAGUGUAUUACACAUAGUCUGUCUAACCAUUGUAUAGACUGUAUAAUGAACCUAUUCAAGUAAUAGCUCAACAACCACCACCUCAAGUUAACAUUGUUCGUGAAAUAGAAGAAGUGCCAAUUAUCCAUGAAGUGCAUCAUGUAAAUAGGCCAAUAAACGUGAUUUCAAUGGAUGAAAUUGAAGGACCUUGGAGGAGUAAGUAGAUCCUUUUGGAGAAACAAUUAAUUGAGUUGUAGUUGAUGUUGAAACAUGGACCUCAAAGGAAGGUUGAGACUAAACAAAUCAUUGUUGAAGACGAAGCUAGGAUUAGAGAACUUGAAUAAUAAAUUGAACAAAGGAAGAACAUUCUUAAUGAGGAUGAAGAGGAAAUUUAACAUUUAGAAAGUUUGGUCGAUUAGGCUCAAUAUAACUUGGAGAAUGCGGAAGAGUAGGCAAGCAGUUAAGUGGAAGAAUAAAAUAGGGAAUUAGCAAAGUGGAAAAAGAAGUUUCAAGACUUGAAUAAAAAGUAUCAUGACAUUGAAGAAGAUAUAACAAUGACAGAAGCUUAGAUAGAGAGCAUUCAGAAAAGAAAAAUGAUUACAUAAACAAGUUCAACUACAAAAACAACUUCGAAAGUAAAUUAGAUGAGGGAUAGUGGAUUUAGAAGAAGUAGUGUUACAAAAAAUUAUUGA